AUGAACCUUCUUGGAUCCUGUGGGGUGUUUCUCUGCCUGCUACUUAUCCUGCAAAGUACCAGCUCAUCCUUCAUCAGCGUCAACCAGGGAUUGAAGGUGGUGAAGGGCCGCUCUGCUUUCCUGUCAAGGGAGGACCUGCAGUUUUCCAUUCCUAAGGAAAAAGAUGCCUGCAAAGUGGAAGUUGUGAUAAAUGAACCAAUAACUCAGAGGGUUGGGAAACUCACUCCACAGGUAUUUGACUGUCAUUUUCUUCCUAAUGAAGUAAAAUACAUUCAUAAUGGUUGCCCAAUCCUACACGAAGAUGCUGUUAAACUUAGGCUCUACAGAUUUACAGAAACUGAAACCUUCACAGAAACUUUUAUCCUUCGGGUUUAUCUGCAGGAGCCAGACUGUAACAUCAUCCGGAUGAGCUCCAGGGUCCUGGAGGUGCCUGAAUUCUAUGGCCUGUCCAGAGCAAUGGAUAAGAACGUGCUCAAUUUUGAUUAUGAGAGGAGGAUGAGCCUGGAAUGUACCAUAAGGCUCUCUCCAUUAGAAACUGGCUUACCAGCCCAUGGUCAGCUAGUCAUUGUGGAACCACAACAAGGCGAACCCCGAGGAGACCAGCCCCACAGCUUUUUCCCUGAGUCUCAAUAUAGGAAAGAUCCAAGAUGCCUGAGUGGAAGCUGUUCCCCAGAGUUGAAGAAGAUUGAUAGUCUCAAAGUCAGCUGUGAGGAGUUUCUGCUAAUGGGGUUGCGAUAUCAGCACCUCCAUCCCCCUUCUCCAAAUGUCGAUUACAUCUCCAUCAGACUGGACCUCACUGAUAUCAGGAGUAAAUCCAUAUACAAGUCAGAGAACAUGUGGCUGCCGGUCUCCAUCAAAGCUGCCUUCCCUAAUCAGAUCCCCAGGGCUGCAUUCAUGCCCACCUAUAUUCUGGAAGUGGAUCAAUUCAUCCUGAGCUCGGUCACCACCUCUACAGUGGACUGUGAAGAUGACGAGACACCUAGAUCUUUGCUGGUGUUCAACAUCACCAAGCCCCCUCUCCAGGGCUACUUCACACACCUAUUGGAUCACACCAAAGAGAUCUCCUCAUUCACCUGGAAGGAUCUAAGUGACUUGCAAAUUGCCUAUCAGCCUCCCAACAGCAGCUACACAGAGAGAAGGAAUUAUGAGGUGGAGUUUGAAGUAUACGAUUUCUUCUUUGAAAAGAGCUUACCAAUCACAGUCCAUAUUUCCAUCAGGACAGCAGACACAAAUGCUCCUAGAGUAUCAUGGAACACGGGUCUCAGUCUUCUAGAGGGACAGUCAAGGCCCAUCACCUGGGAGCAGUUUCAGGUAGUGGACAAUGAUGACAUCAAGGCAGUCCGCCUGGUCACUGUGGAUGGCUUACAGCAUGGGAGACUUACUGUAAGAGGAGGGAAAGGCUUCAUUUUCACUGUAGCUGACAUUCAGGCUGGGGCUGUUCGUUACCAUCAUGAUGACAGUGACUCCACCAAGGAUUUUGUGGUCUUCAGGAUUUUUGAUGGCCAUCACAGCACUCGCCACAAGUUUCCCAUCAAUAUCCUGCCUAAAGAUGACAGCCCCCCUCUCCUCGUAACAAAUGUCGGGAUUGAAUUAGACGAGGGGCAGACUGUGUUGAUCCAAGGCUCCAUGCUGAAAGCUUCUGAUGUGGACUCCAGUGACGACUACAUUUUCUUUAAUAUCACCAAACCUUGCCAGGCUGGAGAAAUCAUUAAGAAGCCAGGGCCAGGACUUAUUGGUUAUCCAGUCCCUGGUUUUCUUCAGAGAGAUCUGCUUAAUGGGAUUAUCUAUUAUCGACACUUUGGUGGAGAAAUCUUUGAGGAUUCCUUUGAGUUUGUUCUUUGUGACAGCCAUGAUCCUCCCAACCUCUCAGAACCACAGCAUGCUGUAAACUACAUGAAGGUGGCUUACAUGCCACCCAUGCAAGACAUUGGACCCUAUGCUCAGCAUGUUCAGUUUGUUUUUUCCAUCAGUAACCAACAUGGUGGCACUUUGCAUGGAAUUUGCUUUAACAUUACUAUUCUACCAGUGGAUAAUGAGGCUCCUGAGGUUUUACCUGUAAAUGAUGAACCCCCAGUCCUGAAGGCUGAUCUCACUCCCACGCUGCAUUGUCCUGAGGGAGAAGAAGUGGUCAUCUCUUCAGAACAUGUUUAUGCCACUGACAUGGACAGCGAUGACACCAAACUGAUGUUCAUGAUUGCACGUCAGCCUCAACAUGGGGUCGUGAGGAAAUCCGGGAUCACUGUGGACCACUUCACCCAGGGAGACAUUGAUGCUGGAACUGUAACAUACAAACACACAAGUAAAUGGCAUUCAGUGUAA